GGGAGCCGCGGCGCUGCCCAGGCCCCGAGGCACCGGCGGCGGCGGCCCCCGGCUGCCUGCGGCGCUCGGCGGGGCCGGGGCUGGGCGGGGCCGGACGUGAGCGCACUUCCGCGGGGCGCCGCCAUGGCCGCAAAGAGUCCUGCUGACAGUACCCCAAGAAGACCUGUUUUAUCUGUCAGUGCAAGGAAAAUUAAAGAUAAUGCAGCAGACUGGCACAAUUUAAUGAUGAAAUGGGAGAGACUGAAUGAUAAUGGAUUUACUACUGCAAACAAAAUAGUCAACAUGAAGAUCAGUGAGCAAUUUCAAGAUAACAAACUGGAGAUAGCAUGCGAUAACAGUGGUACGGAAUCUGAAAAGCCAGCUCCAAAAUACAAUGAAGAAUUGGACAAAUGCUGUGCAGAGCUACUAGAGACCUUAAAGCAUAUGACAAAAAUACAGCUGAAAAUGGAAAAGCUCUCUUCAACUACUAAAGGAAUCUGUGACUUGGAAACAUUCCACCACAGAGCUGGGAAUUGCCCAGCACCCCUAUUUCACACGUGGCCCACACCGUACUUCUAUGAGGUUUCUCUGAAGCUCUCUGAAAUGUACAAGAAGGAACUACAACUCAAGAAAACAAUUGUAGAAGAAAUUGCUCAUUCUGCUGACCAGGAUCUGAUGAUGGUCUAUUUAUCGUCAUGGUUAUACCAGCCUUAUAUUGAUAACAGCAGCAAACUACUGCUGGAAGCCAUGCUGCUGGAAACAGGACACAGGCAGUGCUAGAACUUCAAAUGUCGUUUGCCUUGCUUCUAAUGAUGCAUACGUGAAACUGCAAUUGCAAAUUUGCAAGGCUCACCAAGUAAGUUGAAUUUUGUAAAACUUAUUAAAAAUAUUUUUCUGUUUGUAUUUAUUACUUCA